AUGCCUCCGACGCUCAGCCAACGCAUUCCCCGCGUCUCCGAUCACAAGCACCCGAUACCGACACCGGCACGGGCUAUUAGUGGACGCGCCCUCGGGAAGAGUCGUAACACACAGAGGCAUGAGCGUGCUCGGAGGGGAGGUGGGCUAAUAGGGGGCGGGUGGUGCGGAAAGUACAGGAGCGAAGAAGGGGAGGGUGUGAGUGGUCUCAAAGGGGGAAGUGUGACGAUGUGCCGUGUGACGAGGGCACUACGCGGAGCUGGAAGAUGCCGAUGGGAGGCGGCGUGUCCGGGGGGGAAUGAGGAGAUGGUUGGUUGUGAGCGUCUGGAACGCGGAAAGCGAUGGCGAGGCGGUGAGGGAAGGGUAGGAAACAAAGGGGGCGAUAUCGGAGGGAGAGACAGCGAGUCGCGGAGAAGGUGGAAUAGGGGGCGAACGGGGGGACGCUGGGGAGGCCGGAGCGGAAAAACAAGCGGGGUCGAGGGCACGCAGAAUCGGAGAAAGGAGGAAGGAGAAGUGUGA